AUGUCAUCUGUCGAUCAAACACAAGGAGACUCGGGAGCAGAUACUCACAAUCAAGAAAACAUGCUUUCACGACUACGAGGCGCAAUGAAGAACAGAAGUGAAAAUCGGGAAAAUGUCAAUCCUAAGCCAGGCAACAGGACCGUGCUGGGCGUCCUGGAGAACCAUCAGCGCCGCCAGCCCGUCCUGCGCGGGGCUAAACAGGUCUCUGGGCCCCAAAUAAUUGCUUGCAAAUCUGAAGAACAUGGCAGAAGUUUUGGAGAGAAGCCUUCCACCAAGCAACCUGCUUUUCAGAUCCACGUGGAUGAGCCCGAUGGUGCAUGCUCGAAGAAACCAUCUACCCAAAGAGCAACCAUGGAUUGCUCCCCUCUCACACUAAAUCCCACUGUGACCCGCCUAAGGCAGCCCCUCGCCACUAUCAAUCUGCCAAUGGAGGCCAGCUUUGAUUCUCCUAUGGAUAUGUCAGUAAUUGAUGGUGAAGAAAGGCCCACAGAUGUCAAUGCAGUCUCGGAUUAUGCAACAGAAAUACACACACACUUGCGGGAAAUGGAGGUCAAGUCGAAACCAAAAGCAGGUUACAUGAAGAAACAGCCGGACAUCACAAACAGCAUGCGUGCCAUUCUGGUGGACUGGCUAGUGGAGGUGGGAGAGGAGUACAAGCUCCAGAAUGAGACCCUCUACCUGGCCGUGAACUACAUCGAUCGCUUUUUGUCUUCCAUGUCUGUCCUGAGAGGAAAACUACAGCUGGUUGGCACAGCUGCUAUGCUUUUGGCUUCGAAGUUUGAGGAGAUCUACCCCCCAGAGGUGGCAGAAUUUGUUUACAUCACUGACGACACCUACACAAAGAAACAAGUGUUGAGGAUGGAGCAUCUGGUGCUAAACGUUCUCUCGUUUGAUCUUGCUGCUCCAACAAUCAAUCAGUUCCUCACCCAGUAUUUCUUGCACCAGCCUGUGAGCAACAAAGUGGAAAGCUUAUCAAUGUUUCUUGGUGAGCUGAGCUUGAUAGAUUGUGACCCUUUCCUGAAGUACCUCCCAUCCCAAACCGCUGCGGCAGCUUUCAUUUUGGCCAAUCACACAAUUGCAGGUGGUUCAUGGUCGAAGGCACUUGUUGAGAUGACUGGCUACACUUUGGUGGAUCUUAUGCCUUGCAUUCAGGAUCUACAUCAGACAUACCUCGGUGCUGCUCAGCACACACAACAAGCGGUUAGAGAGAAAUACAAGGGCUCAAAGUACCAUGAAGUGUCUCUCAUUGAGCCUCCAGAGAAGCUGAUGCUGAACUAACCGCUUAACAACAUUGUUCAUUGGUUCCAUACCUCUAUGGGAAUUGUGCACUCUUUUUGAUGCUUAAUUUCCAUAACUCCAAUAACUGAAUCCAUAGCCUCAGUUUUAUGGCAAUGGUGAGAUCUUAGUGAUAUGUACAUUUUUAUUUGCAGUCCUUAAGGAUUGGACUUUUUGUUUUUAUAUAUAUAAUGCUUGAUACAACCAGAUAUUUGUACAUUAGGUAAUCAAGCAUUGUUUUAAUAUUUCAGUGUUUUGUAUUCUAUUUUUAUGAAAGACUCCCAGCAUUGCACUUAUUUUUUUGGUUUCUGUAAACCCUCCUUUUUACAUCUUAAUAAAAGUGCAGCUGGCCUUUAA